AUGCACCCUCAAGCCCUCAUUAUUGCUCUCUUUGCUUCUGCUCUCUCCACGGCUGCAGCGCCAGUUGAGGAGUCAGAGCACCCUACCUCGGCUAACUCUACGGGAUCUUACGAAGCCAUCGAACAACUUUCCCUGGAUAAGCGAGACUCUUGCGGUACUCGCGGCCCCCUUUUCGACAAGCAGUCAAUUAGCAGUCUCAAGUGGGAUCUUCAGAACAACAAUCCCAACGGCAAAGCAUAUGUACCUAGACAGAGCUGGUUCAGCUGGUCAAUUUGUAACGCUCGUGUAUGCAUCAAGAACUCGUACCUCACUGAGAAUACUCAUAUCAAGCGCUGGGAAGCUGGAUGGGCGGUGGGAUACAUCCAGGAUAUGUGCUGCUACGCCGGUGGCAACUCUCAAUGGUAUGUUCUUUUUCUAGUUCUUCUGCAGUGUUAUAGCUAA